UUAGAAAAGGUGCGAGAUAUUCUGUAUCAGAUUCAACGUCCUUCAAUUAGCCCGGAAAAUGUAUUUGCUCAUGAAUGGCAAGAUGGUGAUUUUGUUAUUUUCCAUAAUCGAGGCGUACUUCACUCUGUGGUGGGUUCAUUGCGAGAGACUGAUACGCGUGUAUUCCAUCAAUGUAAUAUUGCCAGUGCUGAUGAUCCAAUUCCUGUCACCGAA